AUGGGAUCAUUAACAUUGAUAUCCCUAUCAUUACUGGUACUGACAUUGUCAAGUAUCAUAUCGGCAACAAACAAACAACAAGCCACUACAACAACAAAGGUGCAGUUUGAUACAUCACUGCCCACACAGUUCAAUAUCAUUGGACCAUUCGCAAUUGGUGAGCGUGAGGAAUGCUACGACACGCUUGAGGCAUAUGGUGGAAUUUGGAACAUACCAAUAGGUGACUCGACACUGUAUCCAUCAGAGCUUGGCAACAAUGGUCGUGUUGGUUGGAUCACAUACCAGGCCACCACUGCUGGCGUCGUGUCUUUGGAUUGGUCACAGACCAUCUCUUGGGACUUCUUACAAUCUGUAUGGGGAUGGAACAUUUGGCUGUGGUAUGGUUAUGCCAUCGGAGAGAUGCAGGUGUCGGCGCAGGGCACCUACAUGGUCAGCUGCUCGGGCGCCAGAGAUUACUUCAUUCGUGACACGGUCACCGGAGUGAUACUGGAGUUUGUCGGUGACUACUAUGGAUAUGGCACUGGUGCACAGACAUUUACUCUGCCACGCGCAGGUACCUACCAGUUUGUCGUGAGAAUGUUCAGCUCCGUGCGUCUGAACCAAUCACCAUUGGGAUCAUUCAGUUGCAGUCUGCAGGCAGUGCAGCCUUCGAUCAGCUUCAUCACUGGCGACUCACUCAUGCCAGACAUUGUUGAUGGCAAUCUGGCCAGUCCAUACGCCACUGUCACUGUGAUCAACACGGGCUCCACCGUGCUCACUGACUUGACAGCCAUAGUCCGCCUGCCAACACACCUUCAGGCCACGGCCACCACCACACAGGUGCUACCAUCACUCCAGGCCUAUCCAAGCCAAAAGGUUGCCAUUCCAGUGGCGAUCUCUGUGGAGAGUUUGAUCCCUGUCGAGCAGUGUCCACUGACUGCCAACGUCGAUGUGCUCAGUGGCAACAACAUCAUUGGCUCCACCUCGGUCACAUUCAACUGCACCACCUUCCCAAACCCAUAUCUCUACACCUUCGUUGACUAUGACAACACUGUACAGUACGCUGUCACCAACCCACCAAGCAACUGCAAUGGCCAGAUGUGCGGUGUGAUGCUGGCUACGCACGGUGCCGGUGUGGAGGCAAGCUCACAGUUCUGGAUGGACGCUCUGCCCCGCCAGACCAAUCUCUUCAUCGUCUACCCAACUGGACGUCGUUCAUGGGGCUAUGACUGGGAGUCGGCCAGUCGCCUCAACGUCUUUUCUGCAAUCAACUACCUUGCUCAACAUCUACCAGGUAUCCCUGCACACAGCAAAGAUGAGUACCUCGUCGACCCCACCAAGAUUCUCUUUGUUGGACAUAGCAUGGGUGGUCAUGGUUGUUGGUCGUUGCUCUCUCAUUUUGGUGACCUGGCAAUGGGUGGCGCAUGCGCUGCCGGUUUUGUCAAGCUCCAAUUCUACGUGUUUAUGAACACCAAGCCAGGCUACUCCUACGUCGACCCAGUGCUGCAAGGUAUUCUAAUGGCGUCGAUCGCAGAGAACGACAAUGACAUGUACACAACCAAUUUGGCCGGCUUGCCAUUGAUGGCACGCUAUGGACAGAACGACACCAACGUCAACCCAUGGCACUCAAGACGUAUGGCGAGAAUGACUGCCGAGGCCAACGGAAACGCAUCGUCAAUCAUUAUCAGUGAGGUGCCCAACGAAGGUCAUUGGUUCGACGGUAUCCUUGGUGACAACUACAUGCAACAGUUCUAUAACUCAAUCAUUGGCGGCGCCAGCCUCACCCAUCCACCCAUCCCCAAGACCAUCACGAUCACCUCCAACAACCCUUCGUCGAGUGGACAGAGAGCCAACCUCGUGAUCAUGCAACUAACCACUCCAUUCCGUGUCGGUAGGAUUCAGCUGACACAAGUACCACAGUCUUCGGGUGGCAUGCUCUGGAUUGUAGCCACUCAGAACGUUCGUCGUUUCGGACUCUCUAGCACACCAUUGCGUGACGUCAUGCCCACUCAGAUCAUGGUGGACGGUCAAAUGUUUGAUGCUGCCUAUCUCCCCAGCCACUUCCUGGCACCGGACAAGUACGGUGUCUACUGGAACAUCACGGACGACAUCACUUGGCCACAGACCGAGCGUUCAGCUCCAACCUACGGCCCAAUGAGACAGAUCUUUGAGAAGCAGUUCACGAUCGUCGUGGGCACUAACGUUACGGCCGAGGACCAAUUGAUACUCAACUGGGCAGCGGUCUUUAUCACCAGCUUCUGGAACACGUAUGGACGAGGCUCGGCACAGAUCAUCACAGACUCCCAAUUCGUUCCGUCCACCAACUGCUCAUCACCGAUGGACAACAGCUUCAUCCUCCUGGGAGGUCCCUCGCAGAAUGCCAUCACCAACAAGUUCUCAUCCCAGAUUCCAGUGCAGUACAACAGUGACACAUCAUUCUCUGUGGGUCCUGCCGAGUAUGCCGAUCCAGACCAGGGUGUGGCAACGUUGGCACCCAAUCAGUGUGGCACUGGUCUACUGUUGGUGGUCAGUGGCAACAGUAUGACAGGAUUCGUCAAGGCGAUUAAGACAAUUCCGCAACGCAGUGGAGUGGUCGUUCCAGACUACAUGGUUGUUGGCAGUGAGUGGGGAUACAAGGGUGCCGGAGGCAUCGUAGCAGCAGGAUUCUGGUCCAAUCAAUGGCAAUUCAGCACCGACUCAUCGUACCAAGCACUUAACUUUAACUCUAAUUGGCAAUAG